UCUGAGUUCUUGCCGCCAUCUUCAUUCUUUCUCACUGACUGAGAUUCAGCCGGUAGGUCCGCAUAUCGGUCUUUUGGGGAAUUUAGUUGUACGUGAAUGUGAGUAGGAGGCAGCGGGCUUCGGACAGGUCCUGCGGCCUAGUCCGGUGGCUUCUGAGGGAAAAGGGCCUCGCGGUUGUUGUUUGGCUCCUCCCAGGUCGCGCCACUGCCGCCACAGGUCUUGUUGUCAUGGCUGGGCUGGGAUGAGGGAGGAAGUGGUAACUAUGAGUGAGCAUGUAAGAACAAGAUCCCAGUCCUCAGAAAGAGGAAAUGACGAAGAGUCUUCCCAGCCAGUUGGACCUGCGAUUGUCCAGCAGCCCACUGAGGAAAAAUGUCAAGAAGAGGAACCACCAACUGAAACUCAGGGUAUUGCACCUAGUAGGGAAAUCGAAAAUGAAGGAGCACCUGCUGUUCAAGGUCCUCAUGUUGAAGCUGUUCAACAGGACUUGGCUCUGCUUACGAUAGAGGAUGAACCUGGAGAUGGUCCAGAUGUCAAAGACGGGAUUCUGCCCACUUUUGAUCCCACUAAAGUGCUGGAAGCAGGUGAAGGGCAACCAUAGAUUUAAACCAAGACAAAUGAAGACUGAAACCAAGAAUGUUGUUCUUAUGCUGGAAAUUUGACUGCUAACAUUCUCUUAAUAAAGUGUUACAUUUUUCUGCAAA